AUGAAACUGAAAGUGACUACUGCAUUGCUCAUGAUGUUUAUUGUUGGGGAUUUGUGUGAAAAUUCGUCUUAUAUUAAUAAUAAAUUUCGAAUUCCGAUGCAUCGUAUUCGACGACCAUUCUGUAACAGAAUGGAUUAUACAGCGUCCAUAAAAACAAUGAAGAACCAAAAACGCGCUUUAAACACUCAUCAGAGAGCUUCUAUAGGACUUUCGUCGGUUCCUGAAAAUCUCACCAGUGUGCUUGAUAUGUACUUUAUGGGAUCGAUCUCAAUCGGAACGCCACCUCAAAAUUUUCUUGUCGAUUUCGAUACAGGCUCUUCCGAUCUGUGGAUACCAUCAAGUCUAUGUCAAGCAUCUUGCGGUAGCUUCAAUAAAUAUAAUUCAUCAAUGUCACCGACAUAUGUGGCAAAUGGAGCAAACUUCUCAGUAGUGUAUGGUGACGGUACUGGUGCCGCUGGAUUUCUUAGUAUUGACACUGUAACGACAUUUGCUGAAUGCACAUACCUUCAGGGUAUGUCGGGUCGUGCCAAUGACGGUCUGAUGGGUCUUGCUUAUCCAGACUUGGCUGUGGAUCGUGGAAGACCAGUCUUCUACAACAUGUGGAAUCAAAGUCUUAUUCCACAACCUAUUUUUUCUUUCUAUUUAAAUCCUGAUAUUAAUGCCACAUUCGGUGGAGAGCUUAUAUUCGGUGGCGUGGAUGCUAGUAAAUAUACAGGCUCUAUUACUUAUGUACAUGUUUCAACUGAAGGAUUUUGGGAGUUUCCAUUGGAUAGUGUGUACCUCGGUUCAACUAACAUUAGUUCAUCGACAUAUGCAAUUGCUGAUACGGGUACAGCAUUAAUUCGCGCACCUUCAGCUGCAUUCAAUUUAUUGAAUAGUAUCCUAGGGGCAACAUAUGAUCCAACAACUAAAUUUUAUGCAGUUAAUUGCAGAUCGGGUUCAUUAUCUUCGUUUCCGAAUAUUACCUUCACCAUAAAUAACACAGCAUUUAUCUUAACGCCAGUUCAGUAUCUACUCGUUGUUAAGAUCUCAUCAAGCCAGUACAUCUGUUAUAGUGUUCUCACUUUAUCAAACGCCAUCGAUUCGAAUGGGAAUCAUGUUUGGGUUUUAGGCGAUUUCUUUCUUUAUCGUUUUUAUUCAGUUUUCGACAUAAUAAACAAUCAAGUAGGUUUUGCUACGUCGAUAUCGUACAACUAUACGCAAAUCCUUAGUCCAUCUUUGUUUUUAUCAACAACUGCAACAACAAGUACAACAACAUCUACAACAACAAUGCAAAUGAACUCGAUGUCUAAUGGAGCAAUCAUUCUUGUUUAUGGACAAGAAAUUCUAUUUUACUUUGUCACUUUAGCAACACUGAUGUUUAAUUACAAGUAA